AUGCCGGGAUUAUUAUCUUCGUUGAAUCUCCAUCACCAUGGACUUAAUAUGGGCCGAUCGAGUCUUACAUCAUUAUUCAGAACCAGCCGCUUAGCCGUUCAGUCUUCGUCGUCGCCGUCGCAAAUUAAUCACAACACCAACGUUAGUACCACUACUCAAGAAAAACCCACCCUCACCAUUGACAAUCUCAACCCCAACAUCAAGGUGAUGGAGUACGUCGUGAGGGGCCCCGUUGUCAUCCGUGCCGGCGAAAUCGAAAAGGAACUCGAAAAGGGAGUUAGGAAACCAUUUACAGAAGUAAUCAAAGCAAACAUCGGCGAUUGCCAUGCCAUGGGCCAGGUGCCCAUCACCUUUACCAGGCAAGUGUUGGCUUUGGUGACGUGCUUAAAACUUUUGGAAGACCCAUAUUUCUCGGAUGACGCCAAGAUGCGCGCCAAACUGAUUUUGGCCGGAUGCAGAGGGUCGUCUGUGGGAUCGUACACCGACUCCCCCGGCAUCGAAAUCAUUAGAAAACACGUUGCUGAAUACAUCAAAAGAAGAGACGGAAUCCCAGCCGAUUGGCAGAAUAUCGUCAUUAGUGCUGGCGCUAGUGACGCUAUUAAGAACCUAUUAAAACUUUUUAUCUGCGAUGUAAAUGGCAAGAAACCUGGUGUUAUGGUACCAAUCCCCCAGUACCCCCUUUACUCAGCUUCAUUGGCUGAAUUCAAUAUGCACCAAAUUGGAUACUUUUUGGAUGAAAGCAGAAACUGGGGACUCGAUAUUGCCGAACUUAACAGGUCAAUUCAAGAAGCCAGAAAAGUAUCAAACCCAAGAGCCAUCGUUGUCAUCAACCCAGGAAACCCCACUGGUCAAGUAUUUACGCGCGAAAACAUAGAAGAAAUCAUCAAGUUUGCUCACAAAGAAGGACUAUUCAUAUUUGCCGAUGAAGUAUACCAAGACAAUGUCUAUCCUGAAGGAUCCAAAUUCUUCUCAAUCAAAAAGGUAUUAAUGGAAAUGGGUGCACCCUACAGCAACAUGGAGCUUGCCAGUUUUAUGUCUUGCUCCAAAGGCUACAUGGGUGAAUGUGGACUUAGGGGAGGCUACGUCGAAGUCCUCAACAUGGAACCAAAAGUUAAAGAAAUGUACCUUAAGGCCAUUAGUGCCAUGUUGUGCCCAACAGUAUUAGGACAAGCCUGUCUUGAUACCAUCAUGUACCCUCCUCAACCUGGUGAGCCUAGUUAUAAUAACUUCCUCAAGGAGAAGAAUGAAGUUUUGGAGUCACUUAAGUUGAGAGCUAAAAUGGUAGCAGAUGCCUUCAACUCAAUGAAAGGUUUUAGCUGUAACACUGUACAAGGGGCCAUGUACGCCUUCCCCAGCAUGAAACUGCCCCCAAAAGCGAUCGAAGAAGCCAAGAAACAAAACAAGGCUCCAGACACAUUCUACGCCUUUGAACUUUUGGAAAAAACCGGUAUUUCCAUUGUACCUGGUUCCGGUUUCGGACAGAAACCUGGCACGUAUCACUUCAGAACAACAAUUCUGCCUCAACCAGAAAAAUUGAAAGAAAUGUUAAAGAAAUUUGCCGAAUUCCACAAAAAAUUCUUGCAGGAAUGGAGCUGA